AAUAAAUUGAGUAUUUUUAAACUCCUCAAGUUAUUUAUUAUUUGAAAAUGUCAAAACGAAAAUUGAAGAAAUUAAAUUCUUUUCUGAAUAAAUUGCACAUCGAUUUAUACAUUCUAGCUAAUACUAUGUAAUAAGUCUAUUAUUAUACGUGUAUAUACAUUCUCAUACAUACUAAUGACAUUGGUAAUAAUGAUGAUCAUGAUUUACAAUGGUGAUAAAGCAAUUCCUUGAUUCAAAUGUCACAUAGUGAAAAUAACUGUAUGAAUACACAUAUCAGUGACUUGGUGAUUACAGUAAAUAAAAAUUAACGUCAGAGUUUAAGAAAAAUUUCUAAAAUGGCUUUUUGUAACAAAUAUUUUAUUAUUUUUAUGGCAAUUUAUUUUAUGGCUGUGAUUCAAAAGACUUAUUCGCAAACAGUUUGGCUUGAUAUAGAUACAGGUAAAAUUGUUGGAGUCUCACCACCUAAAGGAACACAAAAUCAACCACAAUAUCCUCAACAAAAUUAUGGACCAUAUAGAAGACAUGACAAUGGUAGAAGUCACAAUAUUUAUAAUGAAAAUUACAAUAAUGGAAUGAGGUAUCCGCAACAAACAGGAAAUAAUUACAUGAGAGAUGAUCCUAGAUUUGGGAAAACCCUCACUACUGAAUGGGUAUGCAGAAGCAGUAAAACUGGAGACACAAUGGUAAUUGAUAAUGAAAUAAUGGUUUCCAAAUUUCCUGAGCAAUUACAACCAAAUUACAAUCAACAGCAGGAAUAUGAUCGCAAUCCCUGGUUGAAUAAUCAGAACAAUAAUAAUAAUAAUAAUGACCAUAAUUAUCAAAAACAACCACAAACAACCACCCAACGUAAUUGGAGUAUCGAUAGGGAUAGCGUGACCAACAACUACAAUCCUACAAUUACUCCAAAAUUAACUACUAUUUCCCAACCGGAAACAUUGCCUCCAAUUAUUUCAACUACUAAAAAACCUUUUCCUUCUUUAGAUAAUAUUGAUUGGACAAAAUAUAUAGAAGAUACUACUAAGGCAGGAGGAUCAACACCAACAAGUUUGGAUCGAGCUGUCAAUGGUGAAGGUGUUAUAUCACCAAGACAAGCUACUUUCGAUUAAAGUACAAGAUAAAAAAUAAUUUAUAAAAGAAUAUAACUAUUUUUUUCGUGAAUUAAUAAUAAUAUGAUUAUUAAAACAAAAAAUUUCUUUGAUCAUUGUAUUAGUAAGUAUUUAUUAAACUCAUUACAUAUUUAAUAAUUAUGUAGUGAAUAAUUAAUAAAAUUCUUACAAAUUAAUUAUCACGCAUUCGAAUUCAUAUACGCAUGACAUACUAAAUUAUUAUUUCUAUUAUUAUGAACCUUAUUUCACAAGAAUUUUCAAUAAACUAUUUAUACGCAUUACUUGAUAAUUUUUU